AGCUUCGUUACGAUGCUGGGUGAUGCCGGCUCGAAGGAUGAGCUGAAGCUUAAGGCAGCCCAGGAGCUAAGCGAGAGCUUCGAGAUCAUUACACAGUCCAGCGGCUAUCAGAACUUCCUCGAGCAUGCAAUGCGCGUGUUUCUGAAGGUGCUCCAGGACGGAGAACCGAUGUUUAUUUCGGAACUCAAUAUGCAGCAAGUACGCAAGUUGAUCUUGGAAAUGAUCCACCGGUUGCCGCAAAGUGAGCUCGUGCGCCCAUUCGUGAAGCCUAUUAUCAUUCUAAUGAUCAAGCUGCUGUACACGGAGAACGAAGAGAACGUGCUCGUCUGCCUGCGCAUAAUCGUUGACAUUCACAAGCAGUACAGGCCACCGUUUCAUACGGAAAUUCAUGACUUCGUAGCGUACCUAAAGAAAAUUUUUACCGAUCUGCCGAAACACAUGAACGUGAUGUUCGAACCGCGACAGGCAAUCAAGGUGAAGGACCUGAAGGAGCUAAACUUCGAGACGUUACUUCCGGACAUUUUCACCAUGACGAAUAUCCAACUGGAGAAAAAAACAGCCGACGGUAAAACAACAAAUGCCUCGUACAAUCUCAUACCGAAAGGCAUUAACUCACUGAAAGUUCUGCACGAGCUGCCGAUCAUAGUGGUGCUGCUGUAUCAAAUUUACAAACAAAAUCUACACCAGGAAGUGGCUGAUUUUAUACCCCUGGUCAUGAGUACCAUCAGCUUACAGCCAUCGCUCACGCACAAAAACUCGAACGCAUUCAAUAAAGAAACUUAUGUGGAUUUUAUGGGAGCACAGAUCAAGACGCUCACCUUUUCCGCCUACAUUCUGCGGCUGUUCCCGGACGCGGUACAUACACACGCCUCAACGAUGGUGAAGGGUAUGAUAAAUUUACUCGAAAGCUGCCCGAAAGAGGUGGCUAGUUCGCGCAAGGAGCUGCUAGUUGCAUCGCGUCAUAUCCUUCAGACGGAAUUCCGCAAUCAUUUCGUGCCGAUGAUCGAGAAGCUGUUUGAUGAUGAUGUGCUCCUCGGAAAGGGCUGGACAACGCAUGAAAAUUUACGUCCGCUCGCUUACUCCACACUCGCCGAUCUGGUGCACCACAUUCGGCAGCAGCUCAGCCUGCAGGCCCUGUCCAAAGCGGUUCAUCUGUUUGCCAAGAAUAUACACGAUGAAUCGUUGCCUACGAGCAUUCAAACGAUGUCCUGUAAACUGUUGCUUAAUCUAGUGGAUUGUAUUCGCCUGAAGAGCGAAGUCGAGCCAGUAGUUGCCCGUGAUUUGCUUAUCACAAUGCUUCGCAUUUUUACGAUAAAAUUUCAAACUAUUUCCAAAGUGCAGUUGCCUCAAUUGAUGCAGAAAUGGAAACAGAAACCAUCAGAAAUGGGAAGCAACCUUCCCGGGCAGAGCGAAAGUUCAGCUCGAGAUCUGCUCGGUGGGUGUGCGGACGGUUCGGAUGGCUCAGGACAGAAAGCGACUAGUAUUGGUUUACCCGUUCCAACCACGCUGAAUGUGUCGGAGUAUCGUAGCCUAAUUAAAACACUCGUUUGCGGUGUGAAAGCGGUUACGUGGAACUGUCCAUCGCCAAAAUCAGUCAAUACUAACGAAUAUCCGGGACCGACAAAAAUAUUCAAUCCUAGCGAAAUACUCAUCUUCAUCGAUCUGUUCCACUGGGCACUGGAAGCGUUGGAUAUCUAUACGAUAAACAUUCCAGCUGCCGGAAUGGGCGUUACACAGUCCAUCCCGGUGCAGAAGCAAACCUUACAGAUGCCUCGUACCAAGGAGGAGAAGGAAGUAUUGGAACAUUUUAGUGGAGUGUUCCUCACUAUGGAUCCGCAAAACUUCCAGGAAAUAUUUACCGCCACCAUCGACUUUAUGGUAGAUCGACUGUAUAAAAACACCACGCUGCAGGUUAUAGCAAAUUCCUUCCUAGCCAACCCGAAAACGUCGCCCCUAUUCGCGACAGUACUGGUGGAGUAUCUGCUUGAACGUAUGGAUGAGAUGGGAUCGAACAUAGAACGUUCGAAUCUCUACCUACGACUGUUUAAGCUGGUGUUUGGAAGCGUCAGUUUGUUUGCCGCGGAAAACGAACACAUGCUUCGUCCGCAUCUGCACAACAUCGUUAACCGCUCGAUGGAGCUUGCAAUGACUGCAAAGGAACCGUACAACUAUUUCCUCUUGCUGCGAGCGCUGUUCCGUUCGAUCGGCGGAGGAUCGCACGAUCUGCUGUACCAAGAAUUUUUGCCCCUAUUACCGAACCUGCUGGAGGGAUUGAACCGUCUGCAAAGCGGUUUCCACAAGCAGCACAUGAAAGAUCUCUUCGUGGAAUUAUGCCUCACAGUACCGGUCCGUUUAUCCUCUCUGCUACCAUACCUACCCAUGCUGAUGGAUCCACUAGUAUCGGCAUUGAAUGGAUCGCACACUCUUAUAAGUCAGGGCUUGCGAACAUUAGAGCUUUGCGUCGACAAUUUACAGCCCGAUUUCCUGUACGAUCACAUUCAACCGGUACGAGCAGAUUUAAUGCAAGCACUUUGGCGGACGCUGCGCAACCAGGACAGUGCGGCCAUUGUUGCGUUCCGUGUGUUGGGUAAAUUCGGUGGCGGCAAUCGCAAGAUGAUGAUAGAACCACAGAAGCUCAAGUAUCAAGAAAACGAUCAAGCCCUUCCUGCGGUGGUAGCCUACUUCCAAGAUCAUCGAAAUCCAAUCAACUUUGCCGUUGAUAAAGUCAUCGAGACCGCAUUCAACGCGCUGAAGUGCAGCACAACAGAUCCAUUCUACUGGCGUCAGAGUUGGGAAGUGAUCCGAUGUUAUUUGGCAGCUUCUAUCACGCUGGACGAUGAUAAGCACACGCUACAGAAGCUGUUCAUGCAUCCGAGUUUCACCGAAAACAAUAUUCAGUGUUCACUAAACGUUGGCAACUACAUCGCACCGGAUAAGCGUGCGCGUCUGACACAUCAAACAGCUCUCACGGGAAUGUUUGUGGCUGCGGCUACCAAAGAGCUUCGCGGUUCUGUUCUGCCCACAAUGGUUGCCGUCGUGCGACACUACACGAUGGUGGCGAUUGCGCAGCAGGCCGGCCCAUUCCCGCUGCUCAAACACUACCAGUGGUACAGCGUCAGUAUGGAUCCGCUCGUUCUGAUUGAUGCGCUGGCAGAUAUAAUGGGUCACGAGGAAAAGGAACUGUGCAAACCGGGUAAUUUGGCGAUGGUUCUCAUCCUCGAAACGGCAACCAACAUCAUGGGCUCGAAGGAGCGUGCCUGUCGAUUGCCGCUAAUGAACUAUCUGGGCGAAAAGAUGGCGGCCCUGUGCUACGAGCGUCCGUGGUACUCCAAAAUGGGUGGAUGCAUUGCACUGAAAUUCCUCUACCAAAACAUGGCGAUGCGAUGGCUUUAUCAGCAUACGUUCGUCUUCUUGAAGGCGUUCAUGUUUAUCAUCAUGGACCUUACAGGGGAAGUUUCCAGUGGAGCAAUCGAUAUGGCGCGUACAUUCCUUGAGAAGAUGUUGCGCAUCUGCAUGACACCAUUGGAGAAGGACUGCAAGAAUGAGGAAUUGCUGGCAACGCAGAAGAAGGCGAGGCACGAUGUAAUCCACGAGCUGGUGCGACAAGUAACAAGCCCUCACACACUCGUUCGUGAAACGGCUAUGUCUUCGUUGCGAUUGAUUGCAGAACUACAGGAAAAAACGGUAACGGAGGUAAUGGAUCCUCAUCGGGAGGUGUUGGUAGAUAUGAUACCGCCCAAGAAACACCUGUUGCGUCAUCAACCGGCCAGUGCACAGAUUGGUUUAAUGGACGGUAACACAUUCUGUACUACGCUUGAACCACGACUGUUCACUAUCGAUCUCAACGUGUUGACGCACAAAGUGUUCUACCACGAAGUAUUGACGCUGUCGGAUGCCGAGGAUGCAACGCUGAACAAGCUGGAGUGUUACAAGACGGUCACAAACUUGGUACCAUUGCGCAAAAGCGCCCUAAAUGCGCUGGCUGCUUGCCACUACAUACCGAAUGGAUGCAGAGAGAAAAUAUUCGCUAUCCUGUUCAAAGGAUUGGAGAAAAAUAAUGCCGAGCUACAGGAGGCAGCGUUUCAUUGCAUGAAAAAUUUCCUACAGGGCUGUAAUGUCAGCAAAGAGACGAUCCACACGGUCAUACGUCCCCUGCUGCUGAUGCUUGGCGAUUAUCGAAAUCUCACACUGAGUGGAACACGGCGUUUGUCCUAUCUGACGCAGCUAUUCCCGGCAAUGUUCAACGAAAAGCUGUGCGAUUCCCUGCUGCAGAUACUGCGCAAGAUGCUCGAGGUGACGAUUACCAGCAACCAGGGCAACUUUUUAGCAACUUCAAAGACGAGCGAGAUGGAAAAGAAGAUCGUUACAAUACUCGGUAUCUUCCAGCAAAUUCCGGCCGCUUCGCCCAAAUUCAUUGAAAGCCUGUGUAAACUAAUAUUGCAAGCGGAGAAGAGCUUGAUGGUCGAACCAUCGUCACCGUAUCGUCCGGCGCUGGUUAAAUUCCUGUUGCGUUACCCGAAGGAAACCAUUGAACUGUUGCUAACCGAUGUCGUGAUGAAAGAUGCACAGUGGAAUCGAUUCACAAUCUUCCUGUUGCGCCACAAGGACGGUUUGCCGUUCCGUAAUGCGGCCCAAUUGAAGGGUGCUCGCCUGACGCAGCUUAUUCUACUGAACUCGGAAUCAUCCUCGGCAUCGAAACCAUUCGAGGAACGGUACGAGUCGCAACAUCAGGCGGUACUCAUUAUCCAUACGCUGGUGGAGUUCGAUGGUCCGUGGAUUACGAGCCAGGUGGAAAUAAUUACUGUGCUGAAAAGCAUAUGGAAGAACGAUCUGUAUAAGACCUGCCAAGUAUCGGUGGUUUGCGAUUUAUGGCAUCUGAUCGCAAAAAUCCUGAUCGAAUACUUUUCCUACAACACGAACGAGAUUCUGCUGCUGUUUCAGCUGUUGCGCGCCCUAUGUCUGCGUUUCGUGCCCGAUUUUCAGUUUAUGCGCGAUUUCCUACAGAAUACCGUCUGCCAAAGCUAUACCGUGGAAUGGAAACGGAAGGCAUUUUUCCAUUUCGUGGACAUAUUCAAAAGCCCGGAUCUGGCAGAAGAUCUGAGGGCGAAGAUUCUGAUGAUGGUCAUCAUUCCAAGCUUUGCGCUAAGCUUCGAGAAGGGCGAAGGAAACAAACUGGUCGGUGCACCACCCGCCCCAUACCAAGAAGAUGACAGCAACGUAGUUUCGGUGUUCAUAAACAAGGUGAUCGAUCCGGAGAACCCGUUCGCCAAUGAGGACUGUGUGCGUAUUGCCUUGCUGCAGUUUGCCAGUUUGCUGGUGGAGAAGGCAUCGCCCCAUAUACAUGAUGGCGAUGCGAAUAACAAACGCGAAGGGAAUAAGCUGAGACGUUUGAUGACGUUUGCGUGGCCCUGUCUUCUACCGAAAAAUUGCGUCGAUCCGUCGGCACGCUAUCAUGGCCAUCUGCUGCUCAGUCACAUUAUUGCACGACUCGCGAUUCAUAAGCGUAUCGUACUUCAAGUAUUCCAUUCGCUGCUAAAGGCUCACGCGGUCGAGGCGAGACGUGUGGUACAGCAGGCGCUCGAAGUACUGACACCGGCAAUGCCUUUGCGCAUGGAAGAUGGCAACACGAUGCUAACCCACUGGACAAAGAAGAUUAUCGUCGAGGAAGGUCACUCAAUGCAGCAGCUUUUCCACAUCCUGCAGCUGAUUGUGCGCCACUAUAAGGUCUACUACCCGGUGAGGCAUCAGCUCGUGCAGCAAAUGAUUAACUCCAUGCAGCGACUUGGCGCGGUUACCAACACAUCUACCGAGUAUCGUAAACUUUCAAUCGAGCUAGCAGAAGUUGUGAUCAAGUGGGAAAUGCAGCGGGUAAAGGACGAAGCGGAAGAAGCAGCGGCGGCAGCAGCAGCAGCUGGUGGUGAAGGAACCAGUGUAACCGGUGGCGAUGCAGCAACCGAAGCGGAUGGCGUUGGUGUAUCGGAAGCAACGGCGCAGGCCGAUGGUUCGAACAAGCUACAAACAAGCGGUGCAGUUAAACGCUCGGCUACCGGUAUCGAUGACGAUGGAACGGGUGGUGUGAAGAAGAAACAGGCAGUAGGUGAUAUGGAUCCACAACCGUCGUCGAGCACGUCUUCCGCUGCCUUAGCGGGUGGAAAAGCGGACGGUGUUAACCGUUCGAUCGACCGAGCACAGCUCGAUACGGUUUUAAACUUCCUGUUCCGUAUGGCGUGCCAGAUUAAUGAGGUAGCACCCGGAGCGCCCGGUAUCGUUACACCCGGAGACAAUCUCGCCCGGCGUUGUGUGAAUCUGCUAAAGCUCGCACUAAAGCCAGACACUCUGGUCGAUCUAAAGCUCGUCUGGUUGGAUAAGGUGUUGCAAAACGUCGAUAUCCAACCGACAAGCAUCGGUAAUAUCUGCACGGCACUGGAGCUGCUCACGUUCCUGCUUGGCGUUCUGAAGAAGGACCAGAUCCUGAACACGCUGCGACCGCUGCAGCGUGGAUUGUCCGCGUGUGUCACAUGUUCGAAUACGCGCGUGAUAAAGCUAAUGCACGGACUGCUCUCCCGGUUGAUGGCCAUCUUCCCGACGGACGCUCAGCACAAGUGCGAUGAACUUGAAAUACUGUACACCACCAUCUCGCGCAUGAUCUACGAUGGGCUAGCGACGUAUGAGAAAACAUCCCAAGCAAAUCCAUCAUCGCUGUUUGGUACGCUCAUGACGCUGAAGGCAGCCUGUUCCAACAAUCCUGGCUAUAUCGAUCGCCUCAUCACGCCUUUUAUGCGUCUUCUGAACCGCUUGACGAAAGAGCAUCUGACCGGAUUUGGAGGAGCCAUGGGUCUUGGUGCGGGCGCUUCGAUGAGUGAUGUAGCGAACACGAGCUCAAUCGCACUGGAACUGUUGGUGGUGUCGCUCGAUCUGGUCAAGAACCGUGUCGUCGUGAUGAGCGUCGAAAUGCGCAAAAUGUUCAUUGGCGCUAUAUUGGUCGGGUUGAUCGAGAAGAGCAACGACUCGAAGGUGAUCAAAGCCAUCGUGAAGAUCAUCGAGGAGUGGAUGAAGAACAACAAAAACACACCGGUUACGGUACAGCAAGCGCCGACCUUACGCGAGAAAGCAAUCCUGCUCGUUAAGUUGAUGCAGUACGUCGAGAAACGGUUCGCGGACGAUUUGGAGCUGAACGGGCAAUUCCUCGAGUUGGUGAAUUAUAUCUACCGCGAUGAGGUACUGAAAGCUACGGAGCUCACCUCCAAGUUGGAGGCUGCAUUCGUGGCUGGAUUGCGCUGUCCGGUACCGCGCAUCAGGGCCAAGUUCUUCGAGGUGUUUGAUGGUUCGAUGCGCCGCCGGCUACACGAUCGACUGCUGUACAUUAUCUGUUCACACUCUUGGGACUCGAUUGGGCAGCACUACUGGAUCAAACAGUGUAUCGAGCUGCUGAUACUGACCGCGAACACGACCACGCAGAUACAGAACAGCGUGGAUAAUCAUCUUCUCCCCAGCAUAUCAUCGGUAAUAAACUUUGCCGAUCCCGAGGAGCGCAAAAACUUUGUUAUCUACACGACGAUAAACAACGAUACGACAGAUUCGUUUGAUCCGAUCGAGGACAAGGAGGACGCAUUCGAUAUGGAUAUGAGUGUUGAUUCCAACAUUUCCCGACACGAAGAAAGCGAACGACCGGUAGCGAACAGGCAUGCGGCGCUCGCCAAACUGAUCAGCCGCCAGGCAGAGUUCAUGGAAGCGAAUCGAAAGGUACGCACCGAACAGCUGUUGGUAGCUACGGCUCAGCUUUGCCACAUGGAUACGCAGCUGGCGGAGAAAGUGUGGCUAGAUAUGUUUCCAAAGCUGUGGGAAAUAUUGGACCCAAUACAGCAGCAAUCGCUUGAUCGGGAAAUCAUUCCAUUCCUUGCAUCCGGCGCUCACACCAUCCAGCGCGACUGUAAUCCGAGUGCGUUGCACACGUUCGUAGAGGCGUUGGCCCAGUGUCAACCGCCGGUCUACAUGCCGCCAAACCUGAUGGGCUAUCUUGGCCGAGCGCACAACCUUUGGCACCGGAUGACGCUGAUGCUGGAAUCGCUGGCCGACGAUUGGGCGAAUGUGAAAGAUUUGCUGCCCGAUUGCGUCGAUCAGGACGAUCAGGGCAUGCGCGAUUGUUCGAUCGUGCGCGAGCCACUGUCGCAGAUGUAUUCGGCACUGCACGAGGAAGAUCUGUGGGCCGGUUUGUGGCAGAAGUACGCUAAAUAUGCCGAGACGAGCCGUGCUAUUGCGCACGAGCAGAUGGGUUACUUCGAGGAGGCGCAAAGUAUCUACGAUGCGGCGAUGAUGCGUUUCAAGCAAGACCUGAGUAACGGGCAGACACCGACGGACAUGAACAGUGAGAUGCAGCUGUGGGAAAACCACUGGAUACGGUGCGCCAAGGAGCUAAACCAGUGGGACAUUUUGAUGGACUUUGGGCAGCUGUGCCGGGAUAAGGCCACCUACCUGAUCAUGGAAAGCGCAUGGCGCGUGCCGGACUGGAGCUUGAUGAAGCAAUCUUUGCUGAAGGUGGAACAAUCCUGCCCGAAGCAGGUCGGCUACAAGAUCAAUCUGUACCGGGGGUAUUUGGCGAUCCUGAACCAGGAGGAUCCACAGCACGCGAGUGGCAGCGCAUCGGUGGAGCGUUAUGUGGAAAUGGCUUCCGCUUACUGUAUGCGCGAAUGGCGCCGAUUGCCACCGAUCGUGUCCCACAUCCAUCUGCCGAUCCUGCAGGCAUCACAGCAGAUCAUGGAGCUACAGGAAGCGAGCCAAAUUCACCAGGGUUUGCUGCAAAACCGCACCACCUCGCUGCACGAUAUGAAAGCGAUCGUAAAGACGUGGCGCAACCGGCUCCCCGUUAUUGCGGACGAUCUGUCGCACUGGAGUGAUAUCUUCACCUGGCGACAGCAUCACUACCAGAUCAUCACCUCGCACCUCGAGCAUAACAACGAACCGAACGCACAGUGCAUGCUGGGUGCACACGCGUCCGCCCAAACGAUCAUCCACUUCGGUAAGAUUGCGCGCAAACAAAACCUGACCGGUGUGUGUCAAGAUUCGCUGUCCCGCAUCUACACCAUCCCGUCGGUGCCGGUGGUGGACUGCUUCCAGAAAAUAAGGCAACAGGUCAAGUGCUGUCUGCAGAUGGCGUCGGUCACCAGUCGUGCCGAGCUUUCCGAAGCGCUCGAAGUGAUCGAACCGACCAAUCUCGAAUACUUCACCAAGGAGAUGACGGCCGAGUUUUACGCACUCAAGGGCCUGCUGUUGGCCCAAACCGGUCGCUCCGAGGAGGCAAACAAAGCGUUCAGUGCGGCAACACAGCUGCACGACACGCUCAUCAAGGCGUGGGCAUUCUGGGGCGAUUAUUUGGAGCACAUAUUUACGCGAGACUAUCGGCAGAUCCAUCUGGGUGUGUCGGCUGUCACGUGCUUCUUGCACGCCUGCCGUAGCCAGAUCGAGAGCAAAUCUCGCAAGUACCUCGCCAAGGUGCUGUGGUUGUUAUCGUACGAUGAUGACAAAUCGUCCCUGCUGGAUGCGCUGGACAAGUAUGCGGUUGGAGUACCGCCCGGACAGUGGGUACCAUGGAUUCCGCAGCUUCUCUGCAGUUUGGUUCAGUACGAGGGCAACGUUAUCAUGAAUCUGCUCAGCCAAGUGGGUCGUAUGUUCCCGCAGGCGGUCUAUUUCCCGAUCCGUACCCUUUACCUUACGCUCAAGAUCGAACAGCGCGAGCGGUACAAGAGCCACGAGCAGCAACAAGCUUCGAUCGUACAGAAAGCGACCAAGGAUGGUUCGGCUACUGGCGGUGCUUCGAACGCAGGUGUUCCGGCAGGUGCCGCCACCACAACCCCCAUCCGUGCUACACCACCGAUGUGGCGCUGCUCGAAGAUUAUGCACAUGCAGCGCGAUAUUCAUCCUACCGUGCUGAGCUCGCUGGAGGGCAUCAUCGAUCAGAUGGUGUGGUUCCGGGAGAAUUGGUACGAGGAAGUGCUGCGCCAGCUACGCCAAGGUCUAACAAAGUGUUACGCAAUCGCGUUUGAGAAUCGUGGAGCAGUUAAUGAAGCGACCAUCACACAGCAUACGCUCAAUUUCAUCAAGAAACUCGUGUCUACGUUUGGCAUUGGAAUAGAAAACAUCUCCAGCUCCGUUUCGGCAACGUUCGUUUCGGCGGCAUCGGAAUCGUUAGCACGCCGUGCGCAGGCAACGGUACAGGAUCCCGUGUUCCAGAAGAUGAAGGGACAGUUUUCGAGCGAUUUCGACUUCUCGCAACCCGGUGCCAUUAAGCUGCAUAACCUGAUCACGAAGCUGAAAAUGUGGAUAAAAAUUCUCGAAGCCAAAACCAAACAGCUGCCGAAAUCGUUCCUCAUCGAAGAAAAGUGUCGCUUUUUGUCUAACUUUAGUCAAAAGACGGCCGAAGUGGAGCUGCCCGGGGAAUUGCUGCUGCCGAAGAACUCACAUUACCACAUUCGCAUUGCACGCUUCAUGCCACGGGUGGACAUUGUGCAGAAGCAUAACACAGCCGCCCGGCGGCUCUACAUCCGCGGCACCAAUGGUAAAAUCUAUCCGUACCUGGUGGUGAACGACACCGGCAUCGCUGAUUCACGUCGCGAGGAGCGUCUGUUACAGCUGCUCCGCAUGCUCAACUCCUACCUGGUAAAGCGCAAGGAAACGUCACGUCGGUUCCUGUACCUGACCGUACCACGCGUUGUCGCCGUUUCGCCCCAGAUGCGACUGGUAGAGGACAAUCCCGCUAGCAUUUCGCUGCUAGAGGUGUACAAAUCGUGCUGCACCAAGCUAAACAUCGAGCACGAUGCACCGAUCACGCGGUACUACGAUCGUCUCGCUAAAAUACAGGCCCGAGGAUCACCCACCAAUCAUGUCAUUUUGCGUGACAUUCUCAAGGAAACGCAAACGCAGAUGGUGCCGAAAACGUUGCUAAAGGAUUGGGCCCUUCGGACGUUUCCGUGCGCGACCGAUUACUGGCAGUUCCGGAAAAUGUUCACCCUGCAGCUGGCUCUCUCCUGUCUGCUGGAGUACGCGCUCUGCCUAACCCGGCUCAACCCGGACAUGAUCUAUCUGCAUCAGGAUUCGGGCUUGAUGAACGUAUCCUACUUCCGGUUCGAGAUGGACGAUAGUACCGGCUUCCUGGAUGUGAACCGAGCCGUACCGUUCCGACUAACGCCCAACAUUGUCGAGUUUGUUUCGUCCGUCGGUGUCGCCGGACCGCUUACGGCGUCGGCUGUCGCUACGGCGCGCUGUUUCAUACAGCCAAACUUUAAGCUGACCACAAUAUUGAAGGCUAUUCUAAAGGAUGAAAUUAUCGGGUUCCACAAGAAGCGGCUCAACGACGAAAAGGUGCUAGUCGAUCAGUCGGCCGGUGGUGGUGGUGGUGCGUCCAGCACGAUCUCAUCCACAACAUCGGGUGCUUCUAGCACGACGGGUGCUACCGGUACUGCUCAGGCAACAACUGCGACGGUCACCGAACAGGACAACGCCUCGAUCGACAUCGAUGCGGAAACGAUCAUCACGACGGUGAACAAAGCCGUCGGUACGAUCAUGGGUCGGUUGAACAAUCUUUCGCGCAUCGACAGCGGUGAAGCGAACCGGAUGAGCACCUUCGUCCAUGUGGCAACCAAUCCGGACAACUUGUGUCUAAUGGAUCCUGCCUGGCAUCCUUGGUUGUAAACAACUUAGGCUAGAGUAAGAGCGUAAAAGUAAAGUUAGGAUAAAAAAACCGGUGUGUGAAUUGAAAUGAAUUAAUUAAGACAAACGAUCUUUGAACGGAACGGAAGAAGGACGAAUAAUAAACUAU